AUGGGGCGUGGCACGGCCUGCGCCUCUGGCAAGUGCUGCCUAUGCCACAAAUUUCGCGCCAAGCAAUUCUCCGACAUCUCCACGGGCGAGGCCGGCAUCCUCCAGCAAGCCUUGACAGAGGCGCCGCAUCUAUUCCAUAUCCCUUUGCCACGAGACCUCGACGACGCCAUUGUCCGACAAGGCAAGAAGAGGCUUGCAGCCCCGACGGCGUCUCGAGUACGGAAGCAGCCGCGAAAACACAAACAAGCUCCGUCGCCAUCGCCGUCGUCGUCGCCGUCAUCAUCGCCAGCAGCCAACGGUCCGUUGCCCGACCCGUCUCGAGAACAGCUGCUUGUCAAGGCACGCAACAACUCACCACCUCGACUGUCCCCUGCCGCCGCCGACCUGGUCAAGACGUAUUCGCCGCACAGCGCAACCAGCGUGUUUGGAAACGGCCACGAGCUCGACAUUGGCCAGGUGGGUGGCUGCUCUACCGGCGGCGCCGUUCUGUACCACAAGGGCCAGUCGGUCGAUCCCAUCGUGCGCGAAAUCGAGAAUGCGUUGCCAUUUGUCAAUGGCACUAGGCACAAGGUCUAUCACAUCCUCCGCAUCGGCUCCAGAUGGGCCGCCAUUCUCCACCACUUUGGCCCCGUCGUCAACCGCGCCCCCGCGCAGCUCACCGGCCUUUCUCUGCCUGCUGCGAUCCGCAUCCAACUGGGAGAGAGCGUCGACUAA